AUCACCCUUGAAGGAGAGAGUAACGUUUAAAACAAAAGGAAAGACGCAAUCACUCAUCUCUCUCUCUCUGACUUAAACGUUCAAAAUUUCUACGCCUUUCCCGACUUUCUUCCAUCCGACCGUUGCAACAUCAAUUUCCAAAAAGAAGAAAGAAAAACCUCAAACCAGAGCAUCUGGCUGCCAGAGAAAGAGAACCAAGAAAAAACCCUCCCAAAGAAGAUGAUGGGCGAGUCUCUCGACUCUAAAUCUCUGCUUCUCUCCCAGUUUUCAAGCUCCGACCAGCCGCAAUUCUUGCAGCUCGCGACGGAGAGCUUCAUGUUCGAGAGGGGGCCGAGGUACAGAGCCUACGCCGAUCUCAGGGAAUCGAAGCUCAGGUUGAAACACACGAAACAGCCUGAAGAAGACGAAGAGGAGGAGGAUUUGAUGGUAUUGACUCCUCCUCCUCCUCCUCCCAAGAAACAGGUCAAGUUUCAGGGGAGUAUGGUUACCCCGCCGAGGAGAUCCAAGGGGUCCUCUGUUUUGGCCCAGUCAGUGCCGGAUUUCUCCUACGCCUUGAGGAAGGAGAACCGGAAACCGCCACCGCCGCCGGUGGUUGAGAAGUCGGCGACACCUCCUCCCCAUGGGAGGAAAAGUGGGAAGCUUGUUGGGGGUGUGGGGAGUAAGUCUCUGAAUUCAGGGGAUAAGAGGAGUGGCGGGGGGUUGAUGGCGAGGAGGAGCUACGCUUGUCUGGAGGAGUUUAAAGGGCUGGCUUCUGCUGCUAGGAAUGCCAUUAAUGGAGACAAUCGAGCUGCUGGGAAAGGAAGAAAUAGCAGCAGAGUGGGUCCCAAGACUGUCUUAGGACAUAGACAGCUCUGAAGCUUGUCAUUCAUGGAGGAAGGGUGUGAUGAUGUUUUCUUGAUAAUGGGUUUCAUGUUUUUUUUACCACUUCUGUUCUUUUCCUUCAAUUCUUGAGAAUUGAUUUUGAUUCUUUCUUUCAAUUUUUGUGUGUGUUUCAAUGACCUGAGAAAAUGUUUCUUCUACACUCAUAAGUCAUAUAUAUCAGUUCCCACAAUGUAUAGUCAGUAU